AUGAAUGAGUGGUCGUAUAAAGUAGAUAAAGUAGCAGCGAAUAGUAAGACAAAAGUAUCAGCAGAUAUAGAUAAGAAGGUAGUAAAUAUAUCCUGCCAGCCGGACCAGCAAGAAAUACCAAAUAAAACCUUAGAGACAGAGUACCCAGAGCUCUUUAAGAGGCUAGAGUAUUCAGACCAGCAGGCUGAGCCAGUCUUAGUGCCUCUUCAUUCUGCCUGGUUUUCAACAGAAGAAGUCCAUCCAAUUGAGAGAAGAUUCUUCUCUUCCCUUCUAACAGGCCAAGAAGAAGUGCAAAAGUACAUUUCAACAAGAAACACCAUAUUUAAGCUGUACCAAAAGAACACUUCGGUGUACCUAAGCAUAACCCAGUGCAGAAAGUGCAUUUCAGAGGAUAUUUCUACACUCAUCCGAAUAUAUUCGUUCUUGGAGCACUGGGGGCUAAUUAAUUAUAAAAUAGGCGUGAAAAGAGACAUAAACCGCAUGCUUGAGAAGAUGAAAGAGAAAGACCUCUUUGAUAUAAAGAAAGGAAGCGCAGCACAGGCGAGUCAGACUGAACACACCACAGAAUCCUCAAAAGACCUACCAGAAAGCGAAAAUCCAUCUGAUGCGCGCAAAACAUCAGAUAGUCCCAGCUAUUCUGUUGUGGGGGAGUCAACCAUUCCACAAAUAUCAGGCACAGCUAGUCUGCAGAAAGGCCCAACAGACAUGCUGAGAGACCCAUCCAAGCACUUUAGUCUGCAGACCAGCGGAGUGACGCCUGCACAGAUACCAGUUGAGAUGAUGUGCACAUCGUGCAGCAAAAAUAUGCACAUUUUAUCAGAAGAAGAGAAGAUUUACUUCUCGGAGACAGACCGCCUAGUAUUAUGUACAGACUGCUUUAACCAGGGAAAGUAUGCAGUAAACCAGACAUAUUCCAACUUCCAUAUCUUGGAGGCAGGACUAAUCAGGCAGGUCUGGUCAGAGAAGGAAGAAAUGCUUCUAGUUGAAGGCAUUGAGAUGUAUAAAGAUGAUUGGAAGGCAGUCUCUGAUUAUGUAAAGACAAAAACUCUGGAGCAAUGCGUUCUGCACUUCUUAAAGAUGGGGAUACAAGAUCCUUUCCUAGAAAUGGAAGCAAUCUCCUUUGCAGAGAAUAGAAUGCCGUUUAAUUACACGCUAAAUCCUGUCAUGGCAACAGUGGCAUUUCUAGCAAGUGCAGUCCACCCAGGGGUUGCGUCGGUGGCUGCCAAAGCAGCAGCAGGUGAGAUACAAAGGCUGUCCAAGCUAAACAAAGAUGAAAAUCAUUCUUGGCUGAAUGAUAGACUAAAUGAAAUAGCAGCAGUUUCUUUAAGCUCGUCAAUUGGAAGAGCAACGGAGCAGAAAGCCUUAGAAGAAGGAAAGAAAGAAAGGCUUCUAGAGCUGCUUGUAGAAAGCGAAAUGAAAAGAAUUGACUUGAAAGUGAAUGAGUUUACAGAUCUCACACGAACACUUAGAAAGGAAAGAGAAGACCUGGAGAAGAUGAGAGAAACCUACAGAAAAGCACACAUUGAAAUAAGAAAAGAGAUUUCUGAGAUAGUGACCAAGGUUAAGAAAAUAUGCGAGGAGACAGGAAGGAACUUUGAAGAAAUAUUCUUCAACGAAUCGUCAAUUUAG